AUGUCGGAUGAAAUUGAGGAUCGUCCUAGGACCAGAUCUCGAACACCAUCAGUAGACACACAAUCAUACACAAUUAAUGAAGAGGCACAUCAUAUAAUUACAGAUUCUGAUAGUAGUUCAAGUGAAAAUGAAGAUGGUGAAGGUAAUGAAACUAAUAGCUCAGAUGAUAGCUCAGAAUCUGGAUCGGUAGAAAGAUUUUUAGAUGAAAUUGUACCGACUACAAGCACUUCAUUUAUACCCAAUGAUACACCGGAUCCGGCUACUCUGUUUGAUAUAACAGAGUAUAUUUUUGAUUCAAUUGUACAAUCUACAAAUGCCUGUGAUUUCUCUGAAGCAUUUGCACUACAGGCAAAGACAUCAGCGGUGAUAAACUCUAAAAGUAUGGAACUGAAGAACUUGAUAGAGCAAACCAAGGUACGAUUGCCUGAACUUCAGGCAAAGUUUAAAAACGGAACACAAACGUUGAGAACCAUCAGAAAGAAUUUGGAUAACGCUAAAUCAAGGAUACAGGUAAUGAAUGAUGUACUUCAAACUGAUUAUCCAAUAGAAUUUAACCAAGCACGAGAUAAGAUAUUGGAAAGGACACUUGAUUCCGAUGAAGAAGUUAUCUAA